AUGGCAAUAAAAAAUCUAGCAGUUGUUUUUCUUAUGUUUGUCGUUCUGGCAGUGAAAUUUUCACUGCCAGACGCCAUGUCAAUAUUGGACAUCACGCCUCAAAACGUGACGUGCCAUGAUGUGAUCAAUUACUUUGCGUAUUGCGAAGAGUUUGUCAAUGGAAAUGAGGAUAAUCCAACGCCCAUGUGUUGUGAUAAUUUACAUAUAAUGAACGAUAAGGUAAAACUGGAGGAAAGAGGGGCGCGAAGGUAUUGCUAUUGUAUCGAAGUAUUUUGUGCAACUAUUAGCCGCCCUCAUCCUCCUUAUCUCAGUUCGCGGAUCGAAGAUCUUGAUACAAAGUGUCAUAUUCAUCGUAGUUUUCCCAUCUCUGAGCACAUGGACUGCACGAAUGUUUAGUAUGUGAAUAUUCAGUCCUGCAGAAUGCCGUCUAGGCUCUCCAAUUAAGUCGGUUAUUCGUUGCUUUUCUUUCCCAUACUCGAAAUGGCCUUAUGACUAGUAGUUCUCUUCACUUUGAUGUUAUGUUAUAAAAAAAAUAUGUGUAGAUGAAUAAUUAAUCUAUA